AUGACGCGACUUCCAGAUAAAGAUAACCUGCUAGAUGAGGCACAAGAAGAUGGCCCCGAUGAAACUAUCGAGGAGCGAUGCUUCUCUGCUGCCCUCGUUUGCCUCGAAGGGCACUACACUCAGUCUCCGCCCAUGGGGCCGCAAACAGCAGCCAGAGUGAGCUCCAUGAUCACAAAAACACUAGAAAAAACGCACACUCUCCGAAAGGCUCGCGAGGCAAUCUCAAGAAAUGUGGCAAUUUGGAUCUGGCUCACAAGAAUUUUUGCAGCGGCCAUACCCAGCCUCACCACAAGAUCUGUAGGGCCUCUUUCAAGCCUCAACGACCCAGAAAAGGGCGUUACUCCUCAAGAGAGCACAGCUUUGAUUGUUAUGAAUCAUGCGUCGAUAAAGGAAGACCUUGGUACUCUUAUCAAGCUUAUGCAUAUCGCGCGGAACCUUCUUGUCAACGCUGAGCCUGAGGUGCCACAAGAUAUCUGCGCGGCGGUGCACUUCGACCAGAUGGUCUACCAGACAAUCAUCCUCUGUGUCAACGUUACAAGCAAAGGCUAUGACGGGGAGAUCCUCGAUGAGACGCAGAGACUAAAACUAGGCGAUGUUACUGAACUUUACAAAAAGUUGCUUGUGACAUCUCUACAGCAGGCUCAUAACUGGACAGCCAAACAUGACCGAAAUAAAAUGUCGUUCUGGUUCGAUGUUCUAUUUGACGAUGACGGGGCACUCACGGGCGCUGAAGAAAACCUGGGCGAUGGCUCAGGUUUCCGGCCACAGGUAGCCAAGAGACAGGUUCAACAUUGGCUGGACCGAAAUUCUAGGUUAUGCGACACCGCAAGGAAUCUUCUUAAGGAUUACGCCCAGAACAGAGCUGAUAAACCGCCAGGAAAUCUAGCGCCGAUCCGACCACUGGCCUGGAACUGGCUCCCAGAUGGUUCAGUGGAUGUCCCUGGAGAUGUGGCUAAUAUUGAGGAUAAGAUCAACCCUGUGUGGAAGCCGGAUGAAAAGGACAAAUUCGAACAGGAUCGCGCUUACGGUCGCGUGUCAAGAGAGGUCGAUACCUGGUGGCUGAACGCUCGCGACCCGAACUAUGAGGAUUGGUUCGUCAUGAUGCCUUCCGUGGAGUUUGCUCAGAGUCGCCUCGAGCAUUGUCGUAGCAACCUUGUUCAUCGGUACGCUCACUCUUGUGGGACAGAUCAUUCCCCGCCUCCAGGAGUUGUCGAGGAGGAGGAGCUCUCGGACCACGAGCAUUGCCACCACUGCGAGCACGACGAACAUGACCAUGACCAUGACCAUAACCAUGGCGAACAUCAUCACGAAUGCAAUCAUGACCACGACCAUAACCACGACCAUAACCACGACCAUGACCAUGAAGACGACCAUGAAUGCGAAUGUGAAUGUGAUCACGAACACAAUCAUGAGCACGAUCACGAUCACGAUCACGAUCACGAUCACGACCAUCAUCACCACCACCAUCACCAUCAUGAUCACGAGUAUGCCCAUGACUAUGUUGAGGAUAUAAUGGACGAUGAAGACGCAGACGAUGACGAAUCUUAUGGAGAGGGUCCAUUGACCGGCCUGCUAACUGAAGUGCCAAACAUUCUGGAUCCCAAGCAGAUUGAGGCUCUACACAUGAUAGUCAAGUCGUGCAUAUUGGACAAUGCCGGCUCAGGACUAACCAGAGCGGGCGAGAACCUCCAAAAGACGCGAUGCCGGAUGUUCCUGGCCCUCGACUGCGGAAAGAGCCUACUGCGGGAGAUGCUGGUCUUCAUUGCUGUCUGGGAGAAGGAUGAGCAAUCACUCAUCUUUCAGGUGACGACUCAAAUUGUGGAAGCCCUUCAUCACAGCGCUUUGAUCCCCUACGCAUGGAACUCAUUGCGCAUCCCGAAGGAUAUUAUUUCACCAGCACAAACUGUUCUACUACGACUUGUCAACCACAUGUUCAGAGCCCGAGUUAACAACUCGUCUUCUCAGGAAACUAAGGACAACGCCCGGGAUAUCAAGCUUGUGCACUUCUUCUUGAGUUUCUUCCGAAGCCGCAUCGUCCCAGAGUGCGCUGCUUUAAUGCAUCUCCAAGCUCAAAUUCGAGAAGAGAACUGCGAUCCCUCUGAAUUUCCAGUCGACAGUUGGGAUAUGGAACGCGCCAAGGAUGGCCUAGCUCAGUACCUCGAUUUUCUCACAACUGUUGCUGAGAUGAUGGAUACUCGGGCGAAGCUCAUCGAGUGGGAAGCUGUCUACGACCUUAUCACUAUCUUGAGUGGACUAGAGGCCGGUGUCCCAAAGAAACCUCUGAUUGAGCUUCCUAAGCGAUCGCCUCAUAGCGAAAACAGCGGUAGCCCCAUGGUCGAGCGCCCAUACGCAGCUGGAGACGAUGGCCUCCCACCGUCACCACCACCUCCUCCUAUGCAGGAACCUGCGCAUAAAUUUCCCUGGUCUGGAGUCAAAGGGCAGAUCUUCACCAUUGUGGCCACUUUGUUACAGCCACCACCUGGUCAGAGCAGUCCGGGCAACCCUGAUGUGCAGAUGCAAAUGGUUAAGUACAACGGAAUCGUGCCCCUGCUCAACUGCUGCGCUUACGACGACCACAACCCCUUUGCUAAAGAACGAGUCACAAUUUGUCUCAAGUGGCUGCUAGAUGGCUGCGAGGCUGCUAACAACUUCUUCCGGGAGCUCGUUAAUCUUUCACCGCCGCCAAAUCUGCGGCCUGUGCCAGGUGGUACGACUGUCUCGACAAUCAGAGUCGAUGGUAUUCAGGGUGAAGUGAAGGUACAGGUCCGAUCGGGCAUAUCUGCACCAGGAGAGCAGGUAGCGAACGACAUUGUGGAGGGUACUGGACGACUUGAUCUCAACAAACCCAGUGGGCGAGGCAACAUUGAGGAUGAUUUUAUGGCAUAG